AUGUCGCCGCGUGGCUCUCCAGACACCCACCAAGCUGCAAACACAAUCGACCAUCCCUAUGACCCAAUCCUACCUCAAAACGCAGCACCAACCAACCUGCUCCUUUCUCUCGCCCUCCUCGUCAUUGUCUCAACAACAAACGCAGUUUCAACCCGCAACUACGCCCACCGCCACUGCAGCGGUCGCUUCGGGCAAUGCACCGACUUAAGUGAGUUCCACUGCUGCGACUGCACCGUCAACACCACCGAUAGCGUCCACCGCCCAGACUACGAAUCCAGCUCCUUCCGCCAUCCCCCCUUCGCGGGACUGGGGCUUACCUGCGGCGGACGCGGCCGCGAGACCUGUGGGCGAGUCAAUGGUGCUCCAUGGAGGGAUGGUUCGUGCGCCCGACGAGGGGGUGAGCUUGCGGGCUCGUUUUGGUUUUCUUGUCGGGGAUGUCCGUUCCCCGGUGGAGGCGUUGAUGCCAGCGGCGAUGAUGGAAGAAAUGGAAAUGAUGAUGAUAUUCAAGAAAUACAGGCAGGCAUGGGAUUCGCGCAGGAAUUGCUGGAUCAGAAAAAGCAUUUGAGCUCUGUUGGGCCCGAUAUCGUGAGCGUUGAGGGCCAUUUGUUUCCGGUGAAUUAUGAGACGCCGCGCGAGGUUACGGAGGACAUUUAUAGGGUCUUUGAUAAUCCUGUGCAUGGGUAUAAGGAUCUUCCGAAGGAGGUGCGUGGGUAUGAGCUUGUGAAUGUGUAUGACAGUAUGUAG